GCAAAAUUUAAUAAUGGCCUUGGGGGAAAAAAAAACUUGAUUACAAACUAAUUAGCCUAUCAUAUCGGGUGAAUAAUUCAGGUGCUUUAUACAAAAUGAUUAUGUAUUGCUGAUCUCAAUUUCUUGAAAUGGAUGACUCUAUCCUAGUGCUUCUGUGUAGCUGUUGGUUGUUGGUCUAUGGUCCUGAUUCCUGUCGAGCAUCAAAGUGUGUUACUGCCAAUAUAUUCACGGACAAUGCAACUAUGAUAGGUAUUUUUCCAAAUACCCUUUGCUGUGGUCGACACAAUGACUAUACUCCUUUCUUGAUUGGUUUUUCUUAUCAGAAACGGAUAUUUGUGGGCGUAGGAAUAAAGGGACCCUUUACUGAGCUGACAGAUAAAGGAUUUCAAUCCUUUGUUGUUUAUGCAUCUUUGAAUGGUGGAAUGUAUAAAUCUAUCAGAGAAGGGAAUCCUAAGAAUCGGAGAGCCAAGAUAUUUCCUGGCCUGACCAAAGCAGACAUUGAGAGAGAUAAGAAAAAAGUAUUCCAGUUUGACUAUCCUGUUGAGGCUGACCGUCUGAAGAUGGUCUUCAAACUGAGACAUGGUCAAAAUCAACUUUGUGUAACCGUCUUUUAUUUCUGUGGUUGCAAGUUGAAAGAGACAGCGUUGCGUCAUAGCUGUGAUGUGCGUAUUGCCAAUGACUAA